CGAUUUUUCCACCGUAGUUUCCGCGAAUCGAAAAAACCAAGAAACAACAACAAGCAAGCAAGCAGUCCCACAUAUAUAAGACCCGUGCUCUGUUUUCGUCCCCCCACAUCAGGAAAAUAACCCAGAGCAAGCAUCGAUCGUUCUUCAUGGAUUUCUUCACCAAAACGAUGGCGGUCAAGCUCCGGAGCCACCUCGGCAAGUACCUCAUCCCCGGCGCCAGCAUCGGCGAGCCCGUCCGGCAGAAACGCGGCGCCGAGCGCUCGCGGGCCUCGACGUGGGUGGUCGAGCGGGUGGAGGGGAGAAGCCACGUCGUCCGCCUCAGGAGCUGCCACGGCGGGUACCUGGCCGCCACCGAGGAGCCGUUCCUGAUGGGGAUGACGGGGAACAAGGUGGCGGUCGCGCCGCCGGUGGGCGUCGGCGAGCUCGACCAAUGGAACACGGAGUGGGAGCCGGUCAGGAACGGGUUUCAGGUGCAGCUGAAGUCGUGGUGCGGGAAGUACCUGAGGGCCAACGGCGGGACCCCGCCGUGGAGGAACAGCGUGACGCACGACGAGCCGUACACGGGGAGCACGAAAAAGUGGAUACUGUGGGACGUGGAGGCGGAGGGGGAGGCGGAGUUGGCGUCGGAGGAAGGGGGGCUGGAGAAGUACCUGACGUCCAUGUCGAGCCUGUCGUCGGUGGCGGAGGACGCGCUGAGCGUUUUCGCGGAGAACGGCGGGUCGCCCAGAAGGUCUGACCUAUCGAACUUGUCCUACGAGCACGAUCAGCUCUCAUCACACCACAGCUCCAACAAGCACCGCUCCGGAAUGGACUUCUUCCGCCAGGCCAAGGCGGUCCGCCUCCGGAGCCACCACCACAAGUACCUCUACGCCAACGAGGACGAGGAGUCUGUCUCACAGGACCGGAAGGGAUCCUCCAACAAAGCCAAGUGGACCGUCGAGUUUGUGAACACUUCCGGCUACGGGAACGACUGCCUUUUUAUCAGGCUCAAGAGCUGCUACGGACGCUACCUCACCGCGUCCAACAAGCCCUUCAUGCUCGGCAUCUCCGGCUGCAAGGUCCUGCAGAUGCAGACCGGGCGGCUCGACUCGUCGGUCGAGUGGGAGCCGAUCCGAGAGGGGAACCGGAUCAAGCUCCGGACGCGGUACGGGAAUUUCCUGAAGGCUAAUAAGGGCUUGCCGCCGAUGAGGGAUUCGGUGACGCACGAUAUCCCCCAGAGGACCUCAACGCAGGAUUGGAUACUCUGGGAAGUCGACAUCGUGGAGAUCGAGGUUGAUUCUCCAAGCGCUAGCGAUCAGCCGAGUCGAGCACAGCCUGUCGACCGCAAUAUGGAUAUAUCGAUGGCGUCACAGAACAGCUUCUCUUCUUCAGUUUCGGAGACUUCUGGGAACCUUUCCAGGCAAGAGUCGAGCGAUUCAUUAGUGGCUCCGCCGCCUCCACCAGCUGCAUCGCCAUCCCCACCCCGUGUGACUGAGGGCAGGAUUGUAUACUACCACAUAGCCGAUGAGAACGGUGAAGUGGUGGGAGAGGACAUGGAAGGCUACUGCCUCAAUAAGUUCAAGGGGAAUACCGUCGAGGAGCUGAGUCGCAAACUGUCGGAAGAGACUGGAAUCGACAGCCUCACCGUGUGUUCUCACAAUCCAUUGAAUGGGAAGCUCUUCCCUCUUCGCCUUCGCCUUCCUCCUAACAUCAUCAUGAACGUUGUCGUUGUCCCGUCGUUCUCAUCAGACUUCACAGAUCAAGGAAUCCUAUAGCAUUGCAUCGAGGUGGGCAUCUCAGUUUUGUCAGGCACAAACCCAGUUAAGCAUUGCAUAUUCUGAUCCCAGCCCUAGGCUGAUAUACAGCACCUAGGAAUCCUGAGAUUCCUGCGUUUUGUGCUUCACCAGUGUUUUUCGAGUUUUCUGCUCCUGGGGAGCUCCGUUUUGGUGUGUUUAAUUUAUUCUUGGCUCUUCAGCAUUUACAAUGAGUUUUCCGAUUAAUCGUCCCCGCAAGCGGGAGAUGUAUAAUCAUAAAGCUCAUGGUCAUUGUUUCUUCCACUCUCUCCCUGUUUGUUUGUACGUGAGGACAUUAUGGUUCUUCUGUAUAUUCUCCUAUACCAGCCAAGCAGAAUGAUUGACUUGUA